UCGCCCGAUAAAACUCCAGAACGUCGCUUUCAGCGUCGCGGUCGCUCGCCCGCCUUGUGAGCCGAUCGUUGCCCCGUUACGAAACAGACCCGUUGAAAUCGCGACCGCCAUGCGUCCAGGUCGGUCGUUCACUGUGGUCUCUGCUGUUCUGGCUGCACUUGCAGUGUGUGCUGUCGCGACUUCCCGGCCAAUCAUUGGUAUCCUGGCCCAGGACCUCUACAGCUGCGCGAUCUGUGGAAUGCGAAAUCAGACGUACAUUGCCGCAUCCUACGUGAAAUUUGUCGAGCAAGCCGGCGCCAGAGUGGCCCCAAUAUUUGUGGACCGUGACCGCAGCUACUACGUCAAUAUGUUCAACUCAUUGAAUGGCGUUUUGCUACCUGGCGGCGACGUGGACGCCCUGGACUCGAGCUACGGCAGAGCGGGCAGCAUUCUCACCGAACUGGCAAUGGAGGCGCACAAGAACGGAACGCACUUCCCUAUUUGGGGAACAUGCCUCGGGCUAGAGCUUCUGGCGCGACUCGCUGUUGGCGGCCAGCAGGUGCUCAAAAAGUGUGCCGCCCAGGGCGUCGGCAUGCCUCUGGAAUUCGCCAAAGAUUUCCGUCAGUCUCAUCUGUACCACAGCCUUCCGGAGGAUCUGGAGAAAGUGCUGAGCUCAAAGCCAGUGACGUACAACGCCCAUUAUUGGUGCCUCACCCUCCAGAACUUUACGACUUUCGGUUUGGACAACCUCUUUCGCCUCACCUCGACGAACGUGGACGCGAAUGGCGUGACGUUCAUCUCCAGCAUGGAAGCAUAUUCGUACCCUUUCUACGGCGUCCAGUUCCAUCCUGAGAAGAACAACUUCGAGUGGACGCAAAGGAAGGACCACAUCCACAUUCCCCACACCGAGGAUGCUGUGCGAGUGUCUCAGUACCUGGGAAACUUUUUCCUGGAUGAAGCACGAAAGAACAACCACAGCUUCGCAUCGGCCCAGGAGGAACUCGACGCACUCAUCUACAACUACCCGGCGACGUUCACGCAGAAGGAAACAGCCUUAGCCCAGAUGUACAUUUUUAAUUGA